UCUUUUUUUUCUUCAAGGAGAUUAGAGUCUGCUAAAGUUGUGGAAAACAAAGUGAAAGCAGGAUAGACUACAUUUCAGCACCUCCACAUUUGUAUUUCACAGAUUGUGCUUGACUGUGACUUGAUAAGGAGAAGUGAUGACAGCUACAAAGCCACAGGGAGCCAUACAGAGGGUAAAACCUUGCAACCUCUUCAACAAUAUCAAGUUCUUCUUGCUGUGCCAUGGAAUGCUGCAACUUGCCCAGCUGUUGGUGUCUGGCUAUCUGAAGGGCUCCAUAUCCACCAUAGAGAAAAGAUAUGGCCUCUCUAGUCAAAAGUCUGGACUGCUUGCAUCUUUCAAUGAGGUGGGAAACACACUGUUCAUUGUGUUUGUGAGCUUUUUUGGAAGCCGUGUACACAGACCCAGGUGCAUUGGGAUUGGAGCAAUGAUAGCAAGUAUGGCUGCGUUUCUCAUAGCGCUGCCUCACUUCAUCAGUGGAAAGUAUGAUUAUACAAAAGAUGUAAACAGCACAGCUGAAAAUACUUCUGGUCUUUGCCAGACAGGAAGCUUUCCCCAGACAUCCAAUCAGACAUGCUCAAAAAACGAGGAAGAGGCCAACAAUGCAGUGUUUCCCAUACUCCUCCUGGGCCAACUGCUGUUGGGCAUCGGUGGUGUUCCUAUACAACCCUUUGGGAUUUCCUACAUAGAUGACUAUGCAAAUAAAAAGAAUUCACCAGUCUAUCUUGGAAUACUGUUUGCAUUAACUGUGAUUGGACCAGCACUUGGUUACUUGAUGGGGUCGUUUCUGCUCCGUUACUAUGUUGACUUCAACUUACCCCUUAAUGAACCGCCAAAGAGAGAUGACCCCAGGUGGGUUGGAGCUUGGUGGCUGGGCUUUCUUAUAGCUGGAACCUUCCUCUUCCUUACAUCCCUGCCGUACCUGUUUUUCCCUAGGAGCAUGACUACAGAGGAAACCACAGAGACCCCUGUGGAGCCCACACCAGAGAAACUAAUACAAGAGAAGGAAGCUAAGCCAGAUACGACACAUGAACUUUCUCUGAUCCAGUUCCUCAAAAAUUCUCCACAAAUCACGGUGAGAAAUCUGAGGAACCCCAUCUACCUUCUGGUGGUGCUGGCCCAGGUGAAUCUAGCAGCCAUGGUUGCUGGUUUGGCUACCUUCAUGCCCAAAUUCAUUGAGAGACAGUUCACACAAACAGCCUCCUUCUCCAACAUCAUGAUUGGUGGUUUCAGUAUUCCCUCGGCAAUGCUGGGCAUCAUGGCAGGAUGCAUGAUCCUGCGCAGAUUCAAUCUGUCUGUUAGGGCCUCUGCAGCCAUGUGCAGCACUGCUGUACUGAUAGCUGUCAUUUUCGCUCUGCCACUCCUCUUCCUUGGUUGUUCCACACAUAAGGUUGCUGGGAUCUACCCUGCCAAUCAAGAUGGCUUCCAGCAGUGCAGUCUGGAUUGUUCCUGCUCUAAUGAAGCCUUCAAUCCCGUUUGUGGUUCUAACAACGUGGAGUUCCUAUCUCCCUGUCAUGCAGGCUGCAGCGGGAUAAUCCAAGGAACCGAAACCAUUUCGAACUACACUGACUGCAGCUGUGUAGGGUCAGACAUUUCUCCAGGCCAUGCUGUACCAGGGCCAUGUGAGAACGGCUGCUCUAAUCUCCUAAUCCCUUUCAUGGUGCUGUCCUCCUUCACGUGCUUCUUAGCCUCCCUCUCCCAGAUUCCAUCCUUCAUGAUGAUUCUCAGGACUGUGACACCAGAAGACAAAUCCUUUGCUGUGGGAAUCCAGUUCAUGCUCUUCAGAGUGCUCGCAUUUCUUCCUGCUCCUGUCCUGUAUGGAAGUGCCAUUGAUUCUACCUGCAUUCUAUGGGGGGAAAAGUGCAAGAAGAGGACCUCAUGCCACUACUACAACUUAGAUCUCUUCAGACAACGAUUCUUGGGACUUCAGAUUUUUUUCGUGGUUGGCGGCCUGGUGUUUUUCAUUCUCUCCUACGUGGUUCUGAAGCGAGCCGAUUCAGCCCAGCAGCAGCAAGCCGAACAAAUGAACAUCAUGGAGAAAGGAGAGGAUAAAAAGGAAACUAAACAGCUUAUAAGCCAAUCAAAUGGAAAGUGUGAGAAACAUAGCGUUGUGUGAGCUGUAGCAUUAGAAUUCAUCUUUAGUAAGCAUCAGGUCUUUAGGGGCAUCUACGAUGCAGCACUAACCUGACUGACAAGGCGUUUUUAUGAACCAAUCCAAAAUGUGAGGACUGCUCUAAGACUACUGUCUAAGUAGCCAACAUAGAUCAUAUUCUACAUUACAUUCAAAUCCCUCAAAUGUGGAAGCAUGUAGCCACUCCCAUAACGUGCACUGCACAUGCUACUAUUGUGUUAAUAGUACACUGUGUCUGCAUCUGUGAAUAAUACUGAACCAGCAGCAAAUUCACACUGUGAAGUCAUUACAAGUGCUUAUUCUGAGGUGCAGUGAAGAUGAGUCUUCUUACCUAUCAUUAUGGACAAAUGUGGUUUGGAAAGCCUGUUUCAAACCUUUUUUGUAUUUGCUUUUGUUUUUGAAUCAGCAAAAUGAAAGGAUGUUUGGUUGGAGUAUGCGUAUAAUACAGAAAGGGCAUUAUUAAGGCUACUGUGAUGAGAGUGCUGUUAACUCCUAUGGGGAAGAUAUAUUCCAUGCUAGGAAUGUGACAUCAUUGUUGAGUGUUUUCUCUUUCUUUGCAUUUCAUUUGAAAAAUGUAACCUUUCUUUUUUACCUUAUACAUUGAACUAUAUUUGAAUGCUUCUUUGGAAUUUGCAUUGUAUGCCAACAUUUUACAACUGAACUGUUUUUUUUUAUAUUCUUUUUUAUACAUAUACUUUUUUACAUGUGAAAUAAGCUUUUGAACAUUGCCUGUUAAGCGUGACCCAAGUUUCUGAAACACAUACACGCACCAGUCAACUGGAAAAAGCUAGUUGACUCUACAUUAAUCCAGUAUAAUUUGCCAGCAGAAAAUCUGAAAAUCUGCUGAAAUAAAAUCACAUUUUCAAGAAUAUUAUCAGAAUACUUCAUUUUCAAGGCAUCCCAAGUUAUGGAUUGGUUGAAAGCUCAGUUUCCAACCAGAACGCGAAAUGCCAUAUCUAGUAACCAAAUCAAGUAAAUACUGACGCAGCUUCUAUGUGGAAAUAAGGGUGCAUCCAAUGGCAAGAUUUCAUGACUGUACUUGCUGGUGGAUGUUUUUUUCUGUGUCAUUAACCAUGUAUGCUUCUGUGAAAGUGUUGUAUAAUCUUGAACGAAAGUCAUUUAUUACACAGCUUUUGAUACCAA